AAAUUCCAAUCGAUUGCGUUGCACUUUUAUCUUCUCUCGCUUUUCGAUGACUUCGGUCGACGAGAAGUCAGCGGAGAGAUUCUGCGCCACGUUAGACUCGUCUUUGUGCUCUCGCAGCAUGUUUGUGCUCACGUGUUGCGUUUACGUGCUCGUUCUGUCGUGCCUGCCGCUCGACUCGACACAAGCCAGAAGCAACGACGAACCCGUCAUCGGUGUCCUGGCGCAAGAUCUCCCCAAGCCCAAAGACGACAAACAUGCGUACAUCGCCGCCUCCUACGUCAAGUUCUUGGAAUCCGCAGGAGCCCGAGUGGUGCCCAUCAUGAUCAACCAGUCUGAUGAAGAAUACAGACGACUCUUCAACUCCAUUAACGCCGUGCUUUUCCCUGGAGGAGGGGCCAGCAUCUUCUCAUCGGGCUACCAAAGGAGCUCAAAGAUCUUCUACGAGAUGGCCCUGGAGGCCAACGGCAGAGGCGACUACUUCCCCAUCUGGGGGACGUGUCUGGGCCUGGAGCAGCUGCUCUUGUUGACCAACGGCGUUUCGCUCCUCACGCCCACGAACACCACCGACGUGUCGUUGCCGCUCAACUUCACCAAAGAGGCCAAAGGGAGCAGAAUGUUCCAAGGCUUCCCGGCUGAACUCAUGGACGCUUUGGCGUUGGAACCGCUCACCGAGAACUCGCACCGCUGGAGUUUGGCAGUCGAGGCUUUCAACAGCAGCAAUAAACUGACCUCAUUUUACAAAGUUCUCUCCACCAACACGGACGGAAUGACAGAGUUUCUGUCCACAGUAGAAGCGUUUGAUUAUCCAAUUUACGGCACGCAGUGGCAUCCGGAGAAAAACGCCUUCGAGUGGAGGAAGCCGUUCGUGGCGCACACUCCCUCAGGGGUCCGCGUCACCUUCUUCACGGCCGAGUUCUUUGUGGGCGAAGCCAGGAAAAACUUUCACCGAUUUGCCACAGUUGAAGAGGAGAACCGGGCUCUCAUUUACAACUUCAGUCCUGUUAAAAGCAGCGCAAAGAGCAUCUUUGAACAAAUGUACUAUUUCUGAUACACCCGCACAACAUCAAACCUCCACUAGACACUUUAUGCAACAAAGUUAACUAGAGAGUAAACUGUUGAAAUACAUUUGACAGACCGAUAGCUCGUUUAUGAUUUCCCUGAGGGAGAUGAAAUAAAUAUGAAAUGUAUCUAUUGUGAACUUUGUGUUAAAUAAUUUUAAGUAGUAAUUUCAUUCAACCUCUCAAGACAUUUGUUUAUCAUUCACAUUUGUGUUGUUGCAAUUGUUCCAUGUCAAAGUGAAGCGAAUGUCAAUGUGACAUGACUGCCAUCAUGUUGAUGAAAUCCAUAUUUUUCAUUGAUAAGUGUAUGAUUUGUGUAUUGCACGCAGAUAAAACCGAUUCUUCAUUUAUUUUAUCUGUAGACAAAGAUGCUUGACUCAUAUUCUCAGGGUUUAAUAUAUGCAGUAAAUUGUGUAUUUAAUACUAUCAUGGAAUCAUUUAUCAUCUCUGAAUGUAUUUAAAAAAAAAAAACAACAACAAUAAAGAGAUGAGUCCCAAA